AGCUGCUGUGCGACCGUUAUAGCCCGUCAUUCCACGAUUUCUUUCACAGCCAGGCACUUUGCUGCGAUGGCCAUGAGGAUCCUUUGCUUUCUCAUUUCCUGCGUGGGCCUACUGCUCACAUCUGGAAUCCAUGCGGAUGACGGGUCUCCGAAAGAAAACGUUGCUGCGACACUAGCUGCGGCUGAAGAGUGCAGCGUAGGGGAGACGCUGUACCUGACGCCGCUCAUUGAGGCAGGGACGCUGGAUGAGGCCAAGUUGCUUAGCAAGGUCGGUCGCAUCGGAGCAGAUAACGAAGUGCCCAGCUAUGCCGGAUACAUCACUGUCAAUCCACAGUUCAACAGUAACCUGUUCUUCUGGUUUGUACCCGCGAUGACAAACCCGGAGAAUGCUCCGGUGGUGCUGUGGCUACAAGGGGGACCCGGAUCGUCUUCACUGUUGGGAUUCUUCGUCGAGCAUGGGCCGUACCGCUUGUCGAAAGACGGCAAGGACGUGAAGUUCCGCAAGCGGACGUGGGCCCGUCGCUACUCGAUGUUGUACGUGGACCAGCCAGUCGGGUCGGGCUACAGCUUCACCGACAGCAAACGCGGCUACGCACGCGACAUGACCGACGUGGGCCGUGACAUGCUCGAGUUUCUACAGCAGUUCUUCACGCUGUUUGGAGAGCUUGGCCAGAACGAGUUCUACAUCACAGGAGAGUCAUACGCCGGCAAGUACGUGCCGACGGUCGGCGCAGUCUUGCACCAAAACGCCGACACAAUGCGGGUCAAGAUAAACUUCCGAGGCAUCGCCAUCGGCAACGGAUUCACGGACCCCGUCAACAUGCUGGGUUUCGGUGAGCUUCUCUACAGCUUCGGACUCAUCGACCGUAUCUCCGCCGACUACAUGACGCGCGUCGCCAACCAGGCGGCCGACUGCAUCCGCGGUGGUCUCAUGCGAGACGCUGUGGUGCUGAUGGACAGACUGUUCUUCGGCGUGAUUCACAAAAACACAUUUUACGAGAACGUCACGGGCAUGCACUACUAUUACAACUUGCUCUACGACACCGCGCCUAACGACAACGUCGCGUUCAAGACGUUCGUGCAGAGACCGGAGCUCCGACGCGCCCUGCACGUGGGACACCAAACGUUUCACAUGUCGCACAGCGUCGUGGCUACUAGUUUAUUUGACGACCUACUGCGUUCGGCCAGGCCGCAGUUCACCGUGGUCGUGGAGGGUGGCUACAAGGUUCUCGUGUACAACGGCAACCUCGAUAUGGCCAUGGCCACCACUCAGACGGAGAACUUCCUCUCACAAGUGGCCUGGUCGCACGCCGACCGCUGGAACCGCGAGCCGCGGACGGUGUGGCGCAGUGGCGAUGGCCGCAGCUUAUACGGCUACAAGAAGACUGUCGAAAACCUCAGCUUCGUGGUGGUGCGAAACGGUGGACACCUCCUUCCUUUCGACCAACCGAGGGCCUCGUACGAACUGAUAACGGCGUUCAUAGACAACAAGCGUCCUUUUGAAGCCUAGGCUUCUUCGUGUAUGGCGAAUUCAAUAAUGGCUGCAGGUAUACCGCUGGCUUCUGUAGUCGACGGCGUCCUCAAAGUUUCCGCAACACCUGUUUUCGCCUGAGGUUCACUCAAGAUAUGACGUGCAUUGUUGCUGCUGUAAGUCGCUGCUCUGAAGACUGGUCAAAAUUGUACGCGGGCUGUCGCGGCCAAGGUCGCUGUGAAACUUAAUCUCGUGCUGCGAAGAGUUACUGCUCAAGAUUUACGCGCACUGCGCUGCGGUGUAUGCACCACAUGCGCACGUGUGGUUGGCAAGGUGGACGAACAGGGGAAUUUCCUCGAAUGCGCUGCAUUCAACUUUACCUUGUCUUAAAGGCAUAUGUCUCAUAGUAUACAAAACAAUGGCGAAUGGAGCACAUUUUCGCAAGUCAAUUGACGGGCUUAACUGGCGUUAGGAGGCAUAGAAUGCGCAAGUGUCUAUUGCAUGCGGUCACAUGUGAACCUGGCACAUCUCCUGAAUGAAGCAAGCUCAUGUAUCAAUUUUCUUACGUCUUAAUAUUGUGUUCUGUUUGCUUUUGGUCGAACGUACACUAUGUGAACGUAUGUCAGCCUCGCGAAAAGCUUCCGCUAGACAUGAUAUUAACUUGAACCCAAUAAUGAGCAUGCGUGCAAAUUAUUAGGUUCUGGUUGUGUCCUAAAGUUGGGCAUAGAUUACAAGUUUUCCGUAAAAAGUCGGUAAAAAGAAGAGACGCCCUAUGAUCAGAAGGGGUAAAAGCAGAAAUAUAGCUCAAUUUAACAGUUGAGUCAAAUGAUUUCACUAUGAAUAACUUAUUGCAAAGGCGCCAACGCGCAUGCUCUUCCCAAAUGAAACGCCGAGUAAUUGCUACGUAAACAACGGAUCAAUCGUACACGUCUCAUGCGUUCAGGUAUGUUAGUGGCGCAGCUGUUUUCUCCGAAGCACAGCUGUCGAUGAAAGCAAUUGAGCAUCGUUGUUCAAUAUGUCCGACCCAGUGCGUUCUAUUGAAACAUAGUCAGCACACACUAACGCCAACGAAUCGCAGAGACAAAGCAGUGACUCGAUCGACGCAUCGCAAGCUCGAAGUUUGCAUUAGUGCGAGCCAUGUAUGUGUGAUCGCGUGCGCCACGUGAUCCGCGCACUGAGCUACGAUUGUGUGGCUAUACAGGCCACAUGAACAUACACCAUUGCAGAUAGUGUGCGAGUGGAUCAUGUGCCAGUAUAGAUAAGUGCCGACUACUAACUAGUUGUUGUUGCACCGAAACUCAGGUACGCACGGCACAGAAAGCGCAAACCCAAUUAAAAACGAAGUGGAACAAUGGGCUUAUUUUUGCCUUACAAGUACUAAUCAUUUUUGACAACGACCGCAAAGCACUCUACCAAAGCGUGGGUCAUUACGAAGCAUCACCAUUGCAUUAACAAGCAAUCUGAAUGAAACUAUUAUAGUGCAUGCGUUGACUGCGUACUUUGUGGUCUUUGUAUUGACAGACUUCGAGGAAGAAUUCACAAAGGUUUUCUUUCGUAAGAACUUUUGUCGUUGACUAGUGGCUAUCGUUAAUAAUAUAAUUAUUAUCGUGAUUGAAUGGCGCCUGAUAUUACGAAUCACUCUAGCGUACGAAGUCGAUCCUUUGUGAAAACGGGCCCAAUUCUACAUUUAUUGUACGCUGAUUGUCGUGGCUGGUUUGCCAGUGAUCCCGCGUAAAGACGAGAAAAUAAAGAAACAAAACUUAGAUGCUCAAGCAGACCAUUCCGCAGUGACAGAGUGCACUUACCACACUCCAUGUUGCCAGAGUGUGCUUAUCGAAAUAAGCACACUCACAUUAAAUAUGCUUAUAGAUAUGCGUCCACGGAUAUGGAUUAACGAGCUUGUUUAACUGCCUUUCUAUCUUUAACUUUUCUAGCUGAAAACAAGGUGAAACUGUAUUUGACCAUGCCCGCGGUAGACGGCGACGGAAAAAUAAUAAUGAAAAGAUAUGGGGGUCGACCUCACAUGGACGUAAACAGCCGUGUUUGCAGCGAAAUUUCAGUGCCUCUCAUGUGUUUCUUUCUCUCUCUCCUUUUUUUGAUGCAGCCAUUCACCUCAACUGACUGACCCACUGUUUUUUGAUUUUAAUGAGAGCGAAGGUGGUGCUGAUGCGGCAGAGUCAUAAUUGGCCGUGUCACAGUGAACGACAGUCGGGUCAUACAUAGUACGCUUUCUUUUAACAAUGUCAAAAGGGCUCACAAAUGAAAUGUCCGUUCUCGAGCAUUUAUUCAUCGUGACUCUUCGUUCAUGCCCGUCAUGAGGUGCGUGAAGGUCGUUCAGUGCAAUGUUAUUUUUUUCCCUGUGCGCAUUGCUGUUGUGGUUAUUGAAGAUCAGUUAUGGCUGAGUAAUCGGCCACAGCGUUGUUCGCAAUCGCACAAAAGGUUACAAUAGAAGGCGAAAUAAAUGUUUUCAUAACUCUGCAUUCCUUGAUGCCAUCGUCAAUUUCUGCUUGGAUUCUUUUUUUUCGGCUCCGCAGGAACCCCAGUAGAAGUGUGUUU